AACAAAACAGUGCCCUCACACAAUACUAGUGCCUCUUCCAUACUUCACUGCUCCAUCUCGCCCUCCUCAUACAGCCCCAGCACGCUUCAAGCAAAGCUACAAUCGGCCACGAAUCUACGCAACUCGUUCUUCACAACAAAAACAACGCUCUGGGGCUUUAUCAUCGCUGUCGGGCUGGUCCUCUCCCUCCGUGAUCAACUUUAAUGCCUAUGAUCUACCACAGAUAAGCCGACCCGUUACAAGAGGUUGUGGAACAACAGGGUCGAUCAUUGGAGUGCAGAAUAAAUCACACACAGGGAAAGUAGCUAUUGUUGCAGCUGUAGAUACGGAGACUAUACCUCCUUUCACUCCUCCUGCUACUGCUGCUAGUGAGUUUUAUAAACAGCAAUUAGGGAUUACUAAUGAUGGAGCAGCUACUACAAAUGAAGAAGGUUUUAGUCCUGAAGUUGAUAGUAUUAGCUCAGAAGACAUUGGACAUGAUAUCGUGAAUAACAAUGAAUUGAAAAACGAACAGAAGACAAACCAUAACGGUAUAACUGGAAGCGAUAUUCAUACAAGUGCUGAACAGGAGCAAAGAGAUGAAGCUAUCGAGGAUUUAUCCAACAGAAUAUCUGGAGUGAAUGUAGCAGUUACCUUGAAUGUCAUUGAUGAAACUGGAAGUGUUAAUGAUGUGGACAUAUAUAACCCCGAAGAUCGAGAUUUACAAAAACAGGAAGAAGUUAACAGACAUAUCCAGGAAGCUCAAGAAAAUUACCAGAAAAGGAAACAAGAAAUAGAAACAUUGUUAGAUGAACACGUAAAUCUUGUUAAUGAAGUCAAUAACUUGAGCCAAGAGCUGCAAGAAUGAAAAACGCGUGGAUGGAGAUCAAGAAUCAUAAAAAAUUAUAGAAGAAAGAAUGAAAAUGCUGAGCUAUUAACUAUUAUUGAUGUCCGUCGUUAAUAUUUCAUGAAGUCAUGGAAUUAAGACUUAGAAAACUGAGCCAAAAUGAAGGCAAGUCUUUUUAGAACUUUUUGGGGUAUGUUUUCCCAUUCCGGACGAUCGCUGUUGAAAUUCAUCAGUUGAGAAGAUACUAACAGUAAUUUAGAUGUAACUCAAACAAAUAAUUUAUCUUCUAAGGCAAUAAAAACAUUCAUAUACAGCCAUACUGAAAACAUUUAUUCGCACAACCCUGCUGUGUUAUAUGAAUAAAAAAUCAGCAGUUUCAGAACUUCAAAGAAUCUGUAUAGGAAAUCGCACUAUCUUCUUGUACAAUUCGGAAUUGAUAGAUACUAGAUCCCUCGUGAUGUGAGGUGAGUUCUCAAAUAGGACGUUUGCAUGAUGGCGUCACUGGCCUCUACUACCAGACUCCCUUGCACACUUUCUUUUGUUCAGUUUCUUUUGUUCUCAUGAGGGAAUACAAAUUUAAAUACUUAUUGGACUCAUCCUAAUGUUCGUCCUAAAGGCUCGUAAGAUUUUAAAGAUUUUAAAAACAUUGCUCGUACCUAACAAUUCCGAAUUGUACAAGAAGAUCGUUUUGUUUAUAAUAUAAUAAGAUUCAUUAUGUCAGAAUUUAUAUGGCUGAGAAAACUCAAAUGAAAAUAUUGACACGACAAAUUUUGCAGACGUUUGUAUCACUGCAGCUAACUGAAUUGAUCUUUGUGGGGUAACUAAAAUAAAGGUGCUCUUUCUAGUGCUGGUA